CAGAUGGAAACCGGAGGCUGCGGAGGAGGCCCUGGUGGGGGGCUGGCGAGAGACAGCGGGCACUGCCGGGCUGCAAAGCGCUAUGGGCCGAGUUUGGAAAUUACAGCAGCAAACACCUAAAAAACCCUUCCUAUCCUAUUUAAAUUGAAAGCAUAUUUUAAGAACCCUGUCUGUGUCAACUGAACUGUAAUUACAAUUGAGAUCAAACGAUGGUACCCAACUCUUGAAAGACAAUUAAGCCAUUGCUUCUCACUGGAGGGAGCACUUUUACGAGCUUCUGAGCCAUCCCUCCACCAUGGUCCCAGAAUCCCUUGACCAAAUCCCUCAGCAACAACAUAGGGACAAUCUUGCAAUACUUCCUACCCUGAAUGAGGUCUAAGCUGCCAUCAAUGCAAAGAAGAGCAACAAUGCAACUGGAUUAGGCAGAAUCUUCACCGAAGUCUUCAAAGAAGGCGGGCCAGAGUUCCACAAACAACUCUAUCUCCCGAUUCUCAAAAUCUGAAAUAGGGAGCAGGUAGCGCAAGAGUUCAGAGACACACUGAUCAUCUGUCUCUUCAAGAAGGGUGACAUUGGAAUGUGGAAACUAUCGCGGCAUCUCCCUCCUGGCAAUGGCAGGGAAAAUCGUAGCUCGAAUCCUUGCCAAUUGACUCUUGCAACUCUCAGAAGAAAUUCUUCCAGAAUCCUAGUGAGCCUUCCGGCCAUUCCGAGGAAUGGUUGACAUGAUCUUCACCGCUUGGCAAUUGCAAGAAAAAUGUUGCAAACAUAAUCAAGCCUUAUACAUGAGUUUCAUCAACCUGGCCAAGGUGUUUGUAUACCAUCCUCUCAAAGAUCGGUUGUCCCAAAAAAUUCAUCAGCAUCCUGAGGCUGCCUCACAACAACAUGACUGCCAUAGUGCUGAGCAACAACAGAUCCCAAAGUCACCCUUUUGAAGUCAAAACAGGAACCAAACAAGGUUGCAUCAUUGCCCCAGCGCUGUUCUGCAUCUUCAUCGCCAAGACCUUUCAUCUCAUUGAUGGCAAGCUUCCAGAUAGCAUGAAGAUUGUCUACAGAAUGAAUGGGAAGCUUCUCAAGCUCAGGAGACUGAAGGCCAAAAGCAAGACCUCCACAACUUCAAUCAUGGAGCUCCAGUACACGGAUGACAAUAUGGCCACUGCUGUUUCCCUCUUAGCUCUUCAGACCAUCUUAAGAGCCUUUGCUGAAGCAUACGAGAAUCUCGGGCUCACACCGAUCAUCAAAAAGACCAAGGUGCUCCAUCAACCCUUGCCAACAGGACAAUCUCAUGUACCAUCUAUUAAUGUCAACAGAGAAUUGCUUGAAAAUAUGGCGCAUUUCCCAUAGCUUGGAAAUCAUCUCUACACCAAAGUCGACUUUGAUGCAGAAAUCCAGCAUCGCCAGAGCUGCGCAAGCUCCGCUUAUGCCUGUCUGAGAUGAAGGAUCUUUGAGAACUAGGACAUCAGUGCCAAGACAAAGCUCUUUAUGUACCAUGCGGUGGUUGUUCCAACACUGCUGUAUGCAUGUGAAACUUGGACAAGAAGGCUCUUGAGCAAUAU